AUGCGUUCCGUCUCUACCUACACGUUGUUGUUGGCCUGCCUGGCCUUUUUGGCACCGGUAUCCGCGUUUACAUCCUAUCGUUCUGCGUCUCCAGCUGCUACCACCAAAUUGUACGGUCGAGGAGUGACGACAAUGGAGCCACCUACCAAGGAAGAAAAGACGAGUUAUACCGACGACGAUUUGCGCGACAUGGAGGACGAUCGUGAUUAUCCCGAUUUGGAGUAUCUCAUUGAUUCGCAAACAAGCCGUGAAAUGGAAGAUCCCUUUCACAUUUUGUUGCUUGGGUCUACCUUUGAAAAACCCAAAAUCACGGUAGUCUAUGUGGCGGGCGCGUUGGAGUAUGUCUUGGAUAUGCCGUCGGACGAGGGAAAAGAAUUGAGUAAAUUUGCCAAGGAUAAUGGAAUGAGUUGUCUGGGAACGUGGACCCGCAAGGAGUGUUUGGCAUUGGGAAAACAAUUGCAGCAACGGGAUAUCGUCUGUCGGGUGGUGCCCUUUUGUGAAGGAGGACAACGAGGAUGGCAAGCCAAGGAUGCGACUGGCAGCAGCAGCAAUGCGUACAAGAGUAAUAGUGGAAACUCUUAUUGA